GGUCCAAGUCAUGUCAGUGCCAGUCCGCCGGACAAUUUUCGUGCAUUUACUUUCUGAGAGUGACUAUUUUGUCGUAAAGGUUUUUUCCUCUUUGUUUAAGGCGUGAAGAUCCUCAAAAUUAUCACACACACACAAAUCUCAAAAUGUCCGGACUCGACACGUACAAGACGCCCCUCGAUGGCAGAUACGCCAGCGAGGAGGCCAAGAAGCUGUUCUCCCAGCGUAACCGUCAUUCCACUUGGAGACAGCUCUGGCUCUGGUUGGCUGAGAGCGAGAAGGAGCUUGGCAUUGAUGGAAUCUCUGAGGAGGCCUUGGAGCAAAUGAGAGCUCACCUGACAUUGACCGACGAGGACUUCAAGGUGGCUGCCGUUGAGGAGAAGAGACGGCGUCAUGACGUGAUGGCUCACGUCCAUGCUUUCGGCCAAGUUGCGCCUGCCGCCGCUGGCAUCAUUCAUCUGGGUGCCACGAGCUGCUUCGUCACUGAUAACGCAGAGCUCAUCCUGAUGAGAAAUGCGAUGGACCUUCUCUUGCCCAAGCUGGCUAAGGUUAUUCACAACCUCUCCCAGUUCGCUCUCCAGCACAAGGAGCUCGCAACUCUCGGAUUCACCCACUACCAGGCCGCACAACUCAUUACCGUGGGACGCCGCGCCGCACAGUGGAUCCAGGACUUGUGCAUGGACUUGAAGAACAUCGAGACUGCGCGUGAGCGCUUGGCAUUCCGCGGUGCGAUGGGAACCACCGGAACGCAAGCUUCCUUCAUGGAGAUCUUCCAGGGAGACGGCGGCAAGAUUGACAAGCUCAACGACCUUCUCUGCGAGAAGGCCGGCUUCCCCAAGACCUAUGACAUCUCAACCCAGACAUACACCCGCAAGACGGAUCUCGACGUCAGCAACGCGAUUUGCGGCCUCGGCGCAACCGCCAUGCACAUUACCAAUGACAUCCGACAUCUCGCCCACUCCAAGGAGAUGGAAGAGCCUUUUGAAAAGGAUCAGAUCGGUUCCUCAGCAAUGGCGUACAAGAGAAACCCCAUGCGCAGCGAGCGUAUCUGCUCUCUCGGACGCAAGCUGCGCUCUUUGCCGGCCAACUUCGCGGAUACGUACGCGGACCAGUGGUUUGAGCGAACUCUCGACGACUCUGCUAUUCGCAGAAUCGAUAUCCCUGAGAUGUUCCUCUUGGCAGAUGCCAUCCUUCUUGGACUUGACAACGUCACGUCAGGCCUGGUCAUCUACCCGGAGGUCAUUCGCGCCCACGUGAUGGAGGAGCUCCCCUUCAUGGCAACCGAGAACAUCAUCAUGAAGAUCGUCGCCAAGGGCGGUUCCCGCCAGGAAGCCCACGAGGAGAUCCGCGUUCUGUCCCACCAGGCCGCCGACGUCGUCAAGAAGCAGGGCGGCAAAAACGACCUCAUCGAGCGCAUCAAGGCCACGGAGUACUUCAAGCCCGUCUGGGACUCCAUCGACCAGCUGCUGGACCCGAACCUGUUCACUGGCCGCUCCGCGACCAUGGUCCAGCGCUACUGCGGCGAGGGCGGCCCCGUCCAGGAGCAGAUCAAGGCCUACGCCGAGUACAUCAAGAACACUAGUGCUGCCGAGCUCAAUGUCUAAGCUGAGAUGGGCUGUGUUGGCGUAGGCUUUCUCGGACUGUGACUAUAGCUGGCUUUUAAGUCGGCCGUGGGUCGGGGGUCACUUGCUUUCAGAUUGUUAUGAGAAGGGAUGAAAAAGAGCGCUUCGGCGGCCUCGUCGCCGAUGUGGCUACAGCACGUGCUAUCAAAAGUUGCUUGUGAUGGCAUUC